AUGGAAACACAAAGGUCUUACUCCGGCAAGCAAAAAAGCGUGGAUAAAUGGAGCAAUCUUCCAAGAGACAUACUCUUACACAUCCUCCAACACCAUGGUUUGAAGCCAGACCUUCACCGUCUUCGUGCCGUUUGCUCUUCUUGGCGAACCGCUCUUUCUCCAAACCCUGAAUUUCCUUCCCAUCUUAGACCCUGUUUCAGGACUCCAACACACCCUCUUUACGGAGAUCGCCCUCUUUUCCUCCUAGGAACCCGAUUCUACUUUCUAUCUCCUCUCCCCUCUUCCGGUGUCGAUGGUGGUGCAUGGGUUGUCAAGAUGAUUGAACUCGAACCGUCCAAAUGGCACCUCCUUAACCCGGUUGAUGAUCACUUGACCCUAGACUACUUUCACUCGGAUCCACCCAUUGUUGGGAAACUGGGUCUCAAUCUGUUGGAUUGUCGGGUUCUUGAACUUGAUAAACCCAUGUACUUGGUUCAUCUAUCGGACUGUAAAACCCAACCCAAAUGUAUAUCCUACCGAAUUGUAGAUGGUUGGGCAUUGAAUUCGAGUUAUAAGUAUGCUGUGUUAGUGAAUGAUAAGAGAGAGGAUGGAUUGAUGUUAUGGAGAUUGGGUGACAAAGAAUGGAUUGAUAUCGAGAUUUGCCAUUGGGGAGGUGUACUUGAUAUGGCUUUUCAUAAUGGAAAAUUCUAUGUAAUCUUGCUCAAAGAAAGAGGGCAUAAUUGUCCUAAGUGGAAAAUCGGAGUAAUCGAUCCUCAAAAUGAAAUGAUUUCGAUGCAGUUCAUCGAUAGGCCUGAUUUUUUGGUACAAAAUCAAUUGGACAAAGAAAUUAAUGUCAAAGGGAUUUCAUACGAGUUACGGUAUUUGAAGAUGGUGUCGUCGAAUGAGGAGUUGUAUCUUGCCAUCAACGGAAUGCGAGAGGAUUAUGGUGGAGAGAGUUGGACUAGCAGAAUGUUUGUGUUCCUGUUUAAGGAAGAAAAAGAGUGGGUGCGUUUGAAAAACUUGGGUGAUCGAGCUUUUUUCCUUGGUUUUGGGCCUUAUAAUGAGGUGUCAUUUGGUAUCCCAUCUUUGAAAGAUUAUCUACCACAAUGGAAGCCGAGUACGAUUUGUUGGUGGUUUCCUGAUGUCGAUGUAGAAAAAGGGGUGGAGGAAUAUGGUGAAGGAAGUAGCAGACCUGACUGUCCUAUGCCAAAGGGACUAGAGUGUCUCAAUAGUCUCAUUUUUCCAACCUAUGAUAAAUAUUUUCAUGUGUUCAACAUACAAAAGCAGGUUAGGCUUCUCUUGGACUAUCCAAACAAGGACCAUAAGCUUUAUCGAGGGUUGUUUUUUCCGCCUCCACCUUGGGUUAAAUGGCACUGCCCUAGCCUUGGAAAUGUUGAUGUCAGCUUUACUGGUUUGUAUAUCGAUGAUCAUGAAGAUGAUAUUAUCGAUGAGGAGGAAGAGCAACAUGCUUAUAUCACUGAUGAGGAUUACCAACAUGCUGAUACCGAUGAUGAGGAUGAACAGCAUGCUGAUAUUGCUAAUGUGGAAGAACAGCAUGAUGAUACCGAUGAUGACGAUGGUGAUGAGGAAGAAUAG